AUGUGUUCGCACUCAGAAUCUAAAGGCGGGCUGUCAGCCACCAAUGUUUCAGCGGCUCUCGACGAGGCAACGGUACAGUCGGUCUCGCCGGCGUUCGCGCUCGAUCAUGCGGCUUCCUUCGACGACCAGCCUCUUGAUGGAGGCGAGCCGGCAGAAUAUGACGCGCCAUCCUAUCCAGCUGAGCACAGCCCAGACUCCUCCGACUCCGACACCAGGACCUCUGAAGGCGACGACUACGAUGACGACCGCUUUAGUGCAUACGAGUCGGAUGCAACUGACGACGGCGCCGACGACAAUAGACUCGUGGACGAGGACGAGGAUGAAGACGGCAACGCCAGCGAGGAGGAAUACCAGUCCUCUCCCUCCGAGACCGACUCGGAUGUCUCUGUGCUGUCCACAGGUUACGGCGAUUCUCAGCUUCUUGUGGACAUCACUCUGGGCGAUGCCGCAAAUUACACACUCCCACCAGAUGAUCGCAGGUUCUCCAACCGACUCGUCUUCCAGGAUGCAGAAGGCGCAUACGACAUGGCGAUAUGCCCUCGUUGCGCUGAGGCAGGAGAGGUUUAUGCAGAGCGCGCUCUGUGGUGCCCUGGCCGCGAGAGAGAAGAAGCAUGCCUGUUGCACCCAGGUGCUGGACCCGUGUCCGAGCUCCAACGUGCAACAGCUUCCCGAGUCAACGAGCUAAACGACCUGUCGACAUCGUCCCCGAGUGAAUUGGCCGAUGAUCCUCUGAAGCGUCAAGACGAAGACAUGGAUGCGCAGAUGGGUGGGUACAAUUUUGGUCACAUCACGCUGGAGGACCCCACCUACAUGGAGGACGACGGGGUGCGCGGCGGGCGAACGGAUCACCUGUCUGCAACUCCUCCAUCUCAGCCAGCCAAGCGUCUCACCCUCCCAACAUCCUCCGUGACCUGUUCAUCCAAGUCCUUCCCUUUCCGCGCGACAAAUGCACAAGGUCAGCGGCGCGCCAAAACUGUGAAAGCAGCCGCCUCAGUCCCGCGAGCCUCACAAGUGGAACGCGGUUCCACGGGUGGAAACGCUGGCGUCAUCCAGAUUGCCUCUCCCAAGGAACGGACAGGCUCUAGCAUGGUGAAUCACAGAGAAGGGUCAGCGAAGGUGCCAACUUUAGCCUCGUCCGUCUCACGUGCGAGCUACACAUUGCCGGCGCCCACACCAGCACGGAACUCGACCGGCCUGAUGCUACCUCCACCUCUGCCGCGCCCAACUUCGACCUCCUCACCAGCCUCCGGCCCCUAUAUGCGGCAGACCACGCGGCCUACUGCAGCGUACACCCACACCAAUCCUCACGGGGGCGCGCCCCAGACCACGCCCCGCAAGCGCUUCCGCGACCCGGACUCGGAUUCGGAACCUGAGCUACUGGCCACGGCACCCCGUGAACGGUCGGCAUCAGUCUCUUGGGAAUCGCCAUCGUCAACACCGCGCAAGAAGACUCGAAUGGAGAGACGUGGCGAGUGCGAGACGAGCAUGCUUGAAGGCGAGGACAACCUCGAGUGGGGCCUCGACCUCGACGCUGGGGUCGAGAUUGCGCGCACCUUCCCGCAGAGGCAGCAUCAUAAUGCCAAUGAGACGUCACCGACAGAGCAUGGGAGUAGGGAGUGA